GGUCUUCGAGCUCUGAAGAAGUCACCGCCUGUCACCACUGCCCUGACCACCACAGAGUCAGCACCUGAGAGAGCCACAUCAGUUGUUGAGAGACGGGAUACUGCUUCAUCUGUGGUGGAGAGCAGCCGUCUGGUGUCUAGUGUCAUGUCUCAGCGUGCUACUCAUGCAACUGAGGUGGUCAGCACAGAGUCCCCCCACGACUCUGACAGUCUGGAGACCGAGGAGGAGGACCAGGAGAGUGAUAGUGAGGAAGAUGAGGAAGCUCUCCAACAUUACUCUGAUGAAGAAGAAACUUCUCCUGGGUUAGUUAAAAACUUCAGAGAUUCCUUUAAGAAGGAACCUCAGCCCACAACAAAGGUCACAUCACGGCCUAAAGACACCACGACCAGUCAGUCACCAGAUGAUGAGGUCAUCGGCAGAAGGUCACAGCCACUCAGAGACAUUCUCAAACUCCAUGAAUCUAAAGUGCAAGAACCAGCAGUUGCGGAGGAGUCCCCGCGCCUCAAGCCCAAGCAGAGGCUCCGGGAGAACUUUGAGACAACGUCUGAGAAACAGGAGAGUCGCGUCCACAAGACCUGGGACAUGCAGACUGACCUCAGUACCAGGUCACUCAACAUGAAGAACAUUAUCGCCCAGCACGAGACUAUCACAUCAGAUGACACACCCAAGCCUAAGAAACUGACUGGGAUCCUGAAGAAAACAUCAAGUUCGAACAUUCUGAGCAUAGAGACACGUUCCUCAGUUACUGCUGAAACUACUACAGACAGUGAAACUAAAGAGGAUGUGACCGUCAAACAACAGCUGAACUCUACAGAUGAUAUCCUGGACACACUCACUGAGGAUCAGAUCACCAGACUCUCUGAGGAGUUUGACCUCCGGGCGCAAGAUGACGGAGUGAUCAAGACAGAGGAGGAGUCGAUGGAGGAAUUGAGUGGUGGGUACCAAGUGACUUCCAGGAAGGAGGAGGAUCAUACAGAUGGUUCAAAAUUUGUGAGAAAAACUUCAUACACUGAGAUCAAACUCCAGCAGCCUAGCACUGAGGAGGGUACCCGUCAUGAUGAUCUCAGCGAUCAUGAACAUCGUGACCAUGACAAAAGACAAACAACACAGCAUGACAAAAUAGACACUCGCAGACAUGUUUCACAGGUGAUAUCUAAGUCCUCUAGGGAAAGUAGUGUUAGGAAAACAACAUCUGUAUCAGGCUUGAGGGUUGGUGAGUUGUCAAAACCACCACAACCAACCGAGGGUAAACCUCACAAACCAAAUGAUAGUGAUCCAGGAAAGAAAAAAAUCGCUCACAAGUUAAGUGAUGAUGAACCAGAGAAAAGGAAGAAGAGUCCAGGUAGGCCAAGUGAUGAACCAGGGACAAGGAAAAAGAGUCCAGGUAGGCCAAGUGAUGAACCAGACACAAGGAAAAAGAGUCCAAGUAGGCCAAGUGAUGAACCAGAGACAACGAAGAAGAGUCCAACUAGGCCAGGUGAUGAACCAGAGACUGUCAGGAGGAGGCCAGGUGAUGAACCAGAGAUUGUCAGGAGGAGGCCAGGUGAUGGACCAGACACAAGGAAGAAGAGUCCAACUAGGCCAGGUGAUGAACCAGAGAGUGUCAGGAGGAGGCCAGGUGAUGAACCAGAGACUGUCAAGGGAGGCCAGGUGAUGGACCAGACACAAGGAAGAAGAGUCCAACUAGGCCAGGUGAUGAACCAGAGACAGUCAGGAGGAGGCCAGGUGAUGAACCAGAGACUGUCAGAAGGAGGCCAGGUGAUGAACCAGAGGUCAGGAGGAGGCCAGGUGAUGACCAGACACAAGGAAGAAGAGUUCAACUAAGCCAGGUGAGAACCAGAGACUGUCAGGAGGAGGCCAAGUAAAGAACCAGAGAGUGUCAGGAGGC